UCAGACAUAGAAUAUCGGUAGAGCCAGGGCCCAGCCUGAGAUCGAAUAGGAGUUGCAUUGCAUUUGGGCAAAUAUGGUUGGGGCUGUGCAGGAAGGCAUGGCGCGUGAGACGAACGGAGGGGCGUUCGAGGUUAUAAACGGGUAUGAGUAUGACAUGGCCAUGGCGCCCAAGGUGCAGCAGAGGGAGGAGGAGAGCAAGUGGUACGAGGAGGAGAUCGACGACGACCUCAAGCUCUGCUACGCGCUCAACAGUGUAUUGCACCGAGGGGCAAGCAAGUACCAGGAGAUCGCUCUCAUUGAUACAAAGCAUUUUGGCAAGGCUCUGAUAAUCGACGGCAAGAUGCAGAGCACGGAGGUGGACGAGUUCAUCUACCACGAGUCCCUCAUACACCCUCCGCUGCUCUUCCAUCCCAACCCAAAGACGGUGUUCAUCAUGGGAGGAGGCGAGGGGUCCGCGGCGAGGGAGGUGCUCCGCCACAAAACAGUCCAAAGGGUCGUCAUGUGCGACAUCGACCAGGAGGUGGUGGACUUCUGCCGGACAUACCUGAGCGUCAACUGGGACGCAUUCGCCAGCGACAAACUCUGCCUCAUCAUCAACGACGCCAGGGCGGAGCUGGAGAAGAGCAGGGAGAAGUUCGACGUAAUAGUGGGAGACCUGGCGGACCCUGUGGAGGGUGGCCCAUGCUACCAGCUCUACACCAAGUCAUUCUACCACGGCAUCGUCAAGCCCAAGCUCAGCGACCGCGGCGUCUUCGUCACACAGGCAGGGCCAGCCGGCGUUCUGACCCACAAGGAGGUCUUCUCGUCCAUCUACAACACCCUCAGACAUGUCUUCAAGUAUGUCAAAGCAUACACUGCUCAUGUGCCAUCCUUUGCUGACACCUGGGGCUGGGUUAUGGCAUCAGAUUAUCCAUUUAGCCUGAAUGCUCAGCAAAUCAAUGAGAGGAUCAAGGAAAGGAUAGAUGGGGAGCUGGUGUACUUGAAUGGAGAAUCCCUCAUUUCCUCUACCACAUUAAACAAGAGCGUUUGCCAGUCUCUGUUGAAUGAGACCCAUGUCUACACGGAGGAUGAUGCAAGGUUCAUCUACGGACACGGAAGGGCACAUUGUGCUUGAAGCCCAUAUGUAAAAGUAUCUUGUGUUUACAUAUAUGCAUAAACACAUGGGCAGAAUGGUGAUCAAUUUAGUAUGCAAAUUAAGAGAUCGAGAUGCACAAGUGUGGAUACCACCAAGCGUUGAAAAUGUUAGCUAGCUACUAGAUCUCCAGAUCAAGCGACCAAGAACAGGAAAAAAAAUGAAGAAUGAGUGACCGAUGCAAGUUGUGAGGAAGCUUUUCGUCUUUAUUUUCCUACAAGAACGAUGAGAGUAAAGGAAAAUAAUGAAUGGAAUAAAUUUUACA